GCACAGCUUAUUGUCUUUCUUCCAAAAAGAGCUGAGUGGCAAAUUUUUGUGUGUGCGAAGAAAGAAAUAUUCCAUUUAUUUCCUCGAAAUAUGGAAACUAAAAAUUUUAAAUAAUCCUUAAUAAAUAAAUAUAUACAAUGUAUAUUUGAUAAAACGUAGAUUAGCUUAGUUGAAGUAGUUUAGUUAUUAGCUGAAAAAAAUCCAUUCACAAUAGAAACAAAAAAAAAAUAAAGAAACGCGUUUCACCAUAGUGCACCUAUACACUAUCAUCAAAUCUCUGCCACUGUCUUAAGAAGCACCUUUUUUAACAAGUCUCUUUUUGAAGAUUGACCAUUAUUCAAUUUAUGCAUAUUCAAGGAUGCCAGUACGAAAAUAUCGUCGCGAAACGAGCGAAAUCAGCUGCUGUCUGAAAUAUAUUAUUUUUAGUUGCAAUGUUUUGUUUUGGUCUGCAGGAUUAUGUGUCCUUGCAGUUGGCAUUUGGGCAUGGAAUGAAAAAGAUAUGUUUAGCAAUUUGACAAGGCUAACAUUUAUUGCCUUGGAUCCAGCUUUUGUUUUGAUUUGCCUCGGAACGGUGACAUUCAUAAUUGGCUUUACGGGCAGUGUGGGUGCCCUUCGUGAAAAUACCUGUCUUCUAUCGAUGUAUGCCAUAUUUUUGUCAGUCUUACUUAUUUUGGAAAUUGGUCUUGGAACACUGGUUUUCAUUCUGAAAGACAAAGGCUGGAUCAAAGACCAAGCCACCGAAGGUUUGCGUGCAUUUAUCAUUCACUAUCGCGAAGAUCCAGAUCAGCAAAAUCUUAUCGAUUGGAUUCAGGAAGACUGGCUUCAAUGUUGUGGCAUUGAAGGUCCCAAAGAUUGGGAUAGUAAUAAUUAUUUCAAUUGCUCAUCGGGAGCAGUUGGUAGUCGUGAGGCUUGCGGUGUUCCAUUCUCAUGCUGCAAACGUCGUCCUCAUGAGCUUAUAAAAAACAAACAGUGUGGCUAUGAUGUCCGGAAAGAGGGCUAUCAGCCCGCAGAACGUUAUAUAUAUGAACGGGGCUGCUUACGUGCUGGUGAGGAUUGGUUGGAGGGGCAUUUAAUCGCUGUAGCUGGAUUCUGCAUAUGCGUGAUGGUGUUACAGAUAUUGGGAAUAUGUUUUGCACAAAACCUUAGAGCAGAUAUCUAUGCGCAGAAAUCAAAAUGGCACUGACACUUGCCCGCCCCCUCUGCUAUAUAAAAUUGUCCAGCAGCAAAAACAAAAAAUACUUUUCCUAUAAAAUAAGUGCAACAUAUUGAAUGGAUUCUCCACCGCAUAACAUAUCACACACGCAUCCUAACAAAAACAAA